AUGUCGGAUGCUGAGAAUGAGACACAGAACGAUGCGGAGGCUUCCGUCGUAGAAGAAAACCCCUUCGCAUCACUUAGUUACGAGGAAAAGCUGAAAUUUUCAUGUGCUAUUGCGAAACCAAUGGCUUCGGAGAAAUUGACGAGACGUCUUGGCAGAUUAGUGAAGAAGGCAAAGCGAAACAAGUUGCUGUCUUGUGGGGUCAAGGACGUUGUCAAGCAGAUAAUAAAGAAGAAGUUACCUGGAAUUCUUGUCAUCGCGGGAGACGUCAGUCCUAUUGACACCGUUUCUCACAUCCCUGUAAUAUGCGAGGAGAACAACAUUCCGUAUUGCUAUGUUCCUUCCCGGUAUGACUUGGGUGCAAAUUUUUCCUCUAAUGUGAGCUCCCUGUGUGUCUUUAUCAAACCUCACGAUGACUACGAAGAUUUGUAUAGUAAAUGCCAUUCGGCUGUUGAUGCGCUACCUUUGCCAAUCCAUUAAAUUCUGCAUUUAGCUUUCAUGCUUCUUAUUUCUUAUAAGUCGAUGCAGUUUUUCAACGGUCUAAGUCCAUUUUUGUUUGGUAGUUCAGAUAUGGUCGACUAAUAUUAUUACGGCUUUUUGCCCUGCUCCCCCUCCCCUGAAGGCCUGUUUGGCCAUCUCCACCGACCACAUUCGUUUUGCGGUAUGUUCCGUCUGCUAACCACAGGAACUUUAGUCCUGGUCGAAUUCCUCCUCACCGUAUUCUGCACGAAUCACCUCAGCACCCUGGCACCUAUGUGGGACUUCUCAGUAA